AUGGGCGAGACCAAUAUGCCCACCUCAUUACGAGACAAUGUAGCCUCUCCACAGCGACCAGCCCAACGGUUUUGGACAGACCCCAGGUUACUUUCCGAAUAUGUACAACUCAUCUUCAAUACUACUGUAGUGUCCGGUAUUCUAUAUCUGUGUGUGAGGUUCAUUCAGCUCAUCAACCGUGACGUGGAGCGGAAGGUACAGUUUCGGGCAGCGGCAGCUUCUGCUGUCAUGGCUGAAUGCAAAAGUCGCUUUGCUCAAAACCAGUGUCAAGGACUCUUGCGCCCACCGUGGCUCGAACCCCAGUGUGCACAUUGGGCCCGAUGUAUGAACGGUGAAGCACCGGAAUCUUUGAGCGUUCACUCUGCGGUCAUUUACGCCGAGACCUUGGCUGAGAUACUCAAUGGCUUUCUCAAGCCAAUAAGCUUGAAAUCCAUUGGUAUUUUGUUCUUUGGCACCUGCGGAGUCAUUGUGGUCUCGAACGUGGCCUUCAAAACGUACAGAGUUAGUUAUACCACCGAUCAGAGGUAUGGCUUCACUGAGGUCGAGCAAGAUCAUCAUAGCUCACAAUGCAUCGCUCGGCAUGAUGACUCAGAUAACGAUAAUUUUUGCCGAACACUACAAAACAAACAUUCCUUAUCUCUAGACAACUGA